AUGGAAUUAGCCAUCAAAUUAGAGCAAGCUAGAAUUACUACUGCCGAGGGAACACCUUUAAUUAAAGCCGAUAGCAGUCUAGAUGAAGCAGUAGUAGACACUAUCAAAACUCUCUUAGUGGGAAAUCAUACCCAAGAUUUAACCGAGGCAAAUACAAUUAUUAAUGAUACCAAAACUUAUUUAAAUAAUCUUCCUAAUUUAACUGCUGAUAAUUUAAAACCUUAUAAAGAUGCCCAUACUAAUUUACCUAUCUUAGAAAACCGAAUUAAAGAAGCCCUUGAUUUAGAUCCUCUUCUUCCUCUCCCUAAUACUUGA